AUGUAUAAAUGCUUAGAAUGUGGAAAUAGCUUCCACUGGAGUAGUGCACUAAAGGCUCAUGAAAGGAUACACUCAGGGGAGAAGCCAUACAAAUGCUUGGAGUGUGGAAAGUGCUUCUCUCACAGUGGUUGCCUGAAGAAACAUCAAAGAGUUCACACAGGGGAGAAGCCAUAUAAAUGCUUGGAGUGUGGAAAGUGUUUCUCUCAGAAUGGCAGUCUAAUGAUACACCAAAAGGUUCAUACAGGGGAGAAGCCAUAUAAAUGCUUGGAGUGUGGAAAGUGCUUCUUUCGCAAUGGUGAUCUGAGGAAACAUCACAGGAUUCACACAGGUGAGAAACCACAUAAAUGCUUGGAGUGUGGAAAGUGCUUCUCUCGCAGUGGUUGCCUGAGGACACAUCAAAGAGUUCACACAGGGGAGAAGCCAUAUAAAUGCUUGGAGUGUGGAAAGUGUUUCUGUCACAAUGGCAGUCUAAUGGUACACCAAAAGGUUCAUACAGGGGAGAAGCCAUAUAAAUGCUUGGAGUGUGGAAAGUGCUUCUCUCACAAUGGUGAUCUGAGGAUACAUCACAGGAUUCACACAGGGGAGAAGCCACAUAAAUGCUUGGAGUGUGGAAAGUGCUUCUCUCAAAGUGGUUCCCUGAGGACACAUCAAAGAGUUCACACAGGGGAGAAGCCAUAUAAAUGCUUGGAGUGUGGAAAGUGUUUCUGUCACAAUGGCAGUCUAAUGGUACACCAAAAGGUUCAUACAGGGGAGAAGCCAUAUAAAUGCUUGGAGUGUGGAAAGUGCUUCUCUCGCAAUGUGUUUCAGAAUGGCAGUCUAAUGAUACACCAAAAGGUUCAUACAGGGGAGAAGCCAUAUAAAUGCUUGGAGUGUGGAAAGUGCUUCUCUCACAAUGCAAACGUCCAGCGCCAGAGGCACACCGGGAGGUAA